CUUCACUAGGGCAUAGGGAAGCGGGAACCUGAAAAUAUACGAUCUUAUCCGAUUAUCAAACCUCAAAACCCAGAAGUGAAAAACAAAGAAAACCAAUAAUUUCAUUGAUUUUAAAUACCCAAAACCUCUCUCUUUUCCCUCCUUUCUGUUGAAUUUAAAUACCCUUUUGUUGAUUCUUGAUCAAUCAAGCAAAAAGUUCCCUCCUUUUUGUUGAUUUUAUAUACCCUUUUGCCAAGAGUUCUUCACUUUGUGUCAGAGUAUCGAACCUAGAUCAUCAAGUUGAAAACUUGUUAUUGAUUUUAGAUACCCUUUUGAGUUUUUUCAUCUUUUAGUUUUUCUGCAAUGGCUUCUUCUACACCAACCCCUCCACCAAACUACUCUUCACUCCCUUCUGCACCGAGACAACGUCGCCAAAAUCACCAUAAACGUCAUAGACACUAUUCCAACUCAAAGUCUGCACCUUUAUCUGCUGCUGCUGGUAGUAGCAAUGCUGCUGCUACUGGCAGAGGCAAUGGCAGUGGCAGAGCCUCCACAUUAGGUUCUUUACUUGAAGGCAGGCAAUCAAGGUUGGCUCCGGAAUUUUCUGGGAGGAGAUCAACGCGGUUCGCGGCCAAGAUGCAUUCUGGAAUGCCGAGGGUGACUCCAAACAAACAUGCUCACAGUGCUGCGGCUGACGAGGCACUUAGUUAUCUAUUCAAUGCUGGUAACAAUAUUGCGGCUAUUGAUAAUGUUUUGAUUGCAUAUGAAUCUGAGUUAUGGGAGGUUGAAGAUUAUAUUUAUAUGCUUAAAGAGUUUGGUAAUACUGGUCAUUUUUUGUUGGCGACUAAGUGUUUUGAUUUUAUUAUAUGGAAGCAAAAUGGGAGGAUUGCUAAGGGUAAGUUAGUUAGUACUAUGAUUGGUACUCUUGGUAGGUUAGGGGAGAUUAAUCAUGCUUUGAGAUUGUUUGAAAGUGCUAGGCUUGAAGGGCAUGGAAACACUGUGUAUUCCUUUUCGGCUAUGAUUAGUGCUUAUGGCCGUAAUGGGCACUUCAGUGAUGCUGUAGAUUUGUUUAGGUCCAUGAGAAGCUGGGGUGUUUAUCCUAAUUUAAUUUCGUAUAAUUCGUUAAUUGAUGCGGGGGCUAAAGGGGAGGUGGAUUUUGAUGUAGUUGUUAAGUUUUUUGAUGAAAUGCUAGCUGAAGGCAUUGUGCCAGAUAGGCUUACUUACAAUUCACUGCUUUCUGUCUGCGCCUCGAAGGGCAUGUGGGAAACGGCUCAGAAGUUAUUGAGUGAAAUGGAUCAAAAGGGUAUUGUUCGCGAUGCCUUUACUUAUAACACUUAUUUGGACACAUUGUGUAAGGGCGGCCAAAUAGAUUUGGCUAGGAGGGUCUUGGAAGAAAUGUCUUCCAGGAGAGUUUGGCCAACUGUUGUGACUUAUAGCACAAUGAUAGAUGGUUGUGCCAAGGCUAACCUCUUGGAAGAUGCCCUAAAUUUGUACGAAGAAAUGAAGCUUCGAUCUAUUUCUGUUGAUAGAGUGUCCUAUAACACAAUGGUCGGAAUCUAUGCGAAGCUCGGUAGGUUUGAUGAAGCCAUUGGUCAAUGCAAAGAGAUGGAGAGUUGUGGAAUGAAAAGAGAUGUUGUAACUUAUAAUGCACUUUUGUCCGGAUACGGCAGGUAUGGCAUGUAUGAUGAAGUUAGAAGACUAUUUGAAGAGAUGAAGGCUUGGAACAUAUAUCCAAAUACGCUAACUUACUCUACAAUGAUUGAUGUUUACACUAAAGGAGGAAUGUUUCAGGAAGCAAUGGAUGUUUAUAAAGAUUUCAAGAAGGCACAAUUGGAGGUUGAUGUUGUCUUUUAUACUUCAAUUAUAGAUUCACUAUGCAAAAAUGGUUUAGUGGAGUCUUCUAUUAUGUUGCUUAUUGCAAUGAUAGAGAAAGGAAUCAAGCCAAAUGUUGUCACUUUCAACUCCAUAAUUGAUGCCUCCAGACAAUCGCCAACUCUGGAAUAUGGGGUUCAUGGUUCUUCACAAGCCGUUGAGUAUCCAACUGAACAAUUGUCUUCUAUGCUUAUCGAUGGUGCUUUUCAGAAUAAGACAGGGGAUGACCGGAUCUUGAAAAUGUUCGAGCAGCUUGCUGCUGAAAAAGCUGGUCAUAGAGAGAAGGAUAGGAAGGGACGACAAGACCAACACUGCAUAUUGUGGCUCUUCCAAAAAAUGCAUGAGCUGAACAUUAAACCAAAUGUUGUCACAUUUUCAGCCAUUUUGAAUGCUUGCAGUCGUUGCAAUUCAUUUGAGGACGCUUCAAUGCUGUUAGGUGCACUUCGCCUGUUUGAUAACCAGGUCUAUGGUGUAACGCAUGGAUUGUUGAUGGGUUAUAGAGAACAAGUAUGGUUUCAGGCUCAAACUCUGUUUGAUGAAAUGAGGCGUAUGGAUUCUUCAACUGCAUCCGCCUUCUAUAACGCCCUCACAGAUAUGCUGUGGCAGUUUGGUCAGAGACGCGGAGCUGAAAUGGUUGUAACCGAAGGGAGACGCCGAAAUGUGUGGAAAGGUGAAUGGUCAAUUUCUUGUCUGGAUCUGCAUCUGAUGUCUUGUGGUGCUGCUUGUGCAAUGGUUCAUUCAUGGUUGCUCAAUAUGCAUAGUACUUUAUUUGAAGGCUCUGAACUGCCUAAGAUUGUGACCAUCUUAACUGGUUGGGGAAAGCACAGCAAAGUGAUGGGUGACGGAACUUUGAAAAGGGCUGUCGAGGCACUCCUUAAUGGAAUGGGGUCACCCUUUAGGAUUGCUGAGGGUAAUUUGGGAAGGUAUUAUUCUCCUGGAAAUUUGUUGGCUACUUGGCUGAGACAACCCAGCAUUUUCAAUCUGCUUGUUCUGUAUGAUGUCCUAAAUCAUUCUCAAGCUGCUGCUCCAUCACAUGCAUGAUUUUCCAUAUGACGUAAUGUUGUAAUAUAGAUUCAGAUAGUGAAGAUUAGGAUUGGUUGAACUAGCUCAAACUGAAGAAGGGUCAUAAUGUUUUUAGUGCUCUUAGGAUUUGUUGUGUAACCUAGAGUUGAUUCUUCCAUGAACCAUGAUACUAGACUUUGGUGUAAUUUUUUCUCAUCUAUGUUUGUGCACAUGAUUGGAGUUACCUCUUCAACCCUUCAAGGUGUGAAGAGUUUUCACUUGUGAAUUGUGAUGCAUAGCUUGAUGACAUGAAUAAAUUUUGUUUACUUC